GGACAACAGCGCUCUCUUCCCCCUCCGCGCUGCCUUUGCUACUUCUUUCUCGUUGCUUUUCGGAUUUCUUACGACUUUUAAUCAAUCUGUCUGUGCUUGGACUCUGAUCUCGCGCUCUCUCCCUAGCUCCUAUAUACCCCCCACUACUAUACCCCACCUUUCCAAUGCUUCAAGUUCCAGUGCGGGAGCACUCCAACGUGGCCUCCACCAAGGCAGUGAUCUUGGUCGGUGGCCCGUCUAGGGGAACACGCUUCAGGCCUCUAUCUCUGGAUAUGCCCAAGCCCCUUUUCGAAGUCGCCGGUCAUCCUAUCAUUCAUCACUGCCUCAAAGCCCUCGCCAAGAUCCCCGAUAUUCGAGAGGUGAUCCUCGUCGGUUACUACGAUGAAACCGUCUUCCGCGACUUCAUCAAGGACUCUGCCAAGGAGUUUCCCCAGUUCAAGAUGCAAUACCUGCGUGAAUACACGGCUCUGGGCACCGCUGGCGGUCUCUACCACUUCCGCGAUGCCAUCCUGAAGGGCAAACCCGAGCGCAUCUUCGUCCUGAACGCUGACGUCUGCUGCUCCUUCCCCCUUGGCGAGAUGCUAAGGCUGUUCGAAGAGAAGGACGCGGAGGCAGUUAUUCUCGGAACAAGAGUCAGCAACGAAACCGCCACCAACUUCGGCUGCAUUGUCUCCGAUUCCCAUACCAGACGGGUGCUACACUACGUUGAGAAGCCCGAGUCGCACAUUUCCAACCUCAUCAACUGCGGUGUCUACCUCUUCGCCACUGAAUGUAUCUUCCCCUCCAUCCGCAGCGCCAUAAAGCGUCGCACCACCCGGCCGCGCCUGUUGUCCUACCCUUCGUCCGAGAACCUCGAGUCAUCCUUCAUCGCAGCGGAGGACGAGGCAGAGAAGACCGAAGUCCUCCGUCUGGAACAGGAUAUUCUCUCCGAUUUGGCCGACAGCAACCGUUUCUUCGUUCAUGAGACGAAGGAUUUCUGGCGCCAGAUCAAGACGGCUGGUUCCGCGGUCCCCGCCAACGCCCUUUACCUCCAGAAGGCAUUCCAAGCUCAAUCCGAUGAACUCACCCCUCCUUCCGCUGCCAUCGUGCCCCCCGUGUACAUUCACCCCUCCGCCACGGUCGACCCAACGGCUAAGCUAGGCCCCAACGUCUCCAUCGGACCCCGUGUGGUCGUGGGUGCAGGUGCUCGUAUCAAGGACUCGAUCGUGCUGGAAGACGCCGAGAUCAAGCAUGAUGCAUGCGUGAUGCACUCGAUUAUCGGCUGGAGCAGCCGGGUCGGUGCCUGGGCUCGUGUUGAGGGUACCCCGAUCCCGGCGGCUACCCAGUCGACCAGUAUCAUCAAGCACGGCGUCAAGGUUCAGAGCAUCACGAUUCUAGGCAAGGAGUGUGCCGUGGGUGACGAGGUGCGGGUACAGAACUGUGUGUGCCUGCCGUACAAGGAACUGAAGCGCGACGUCGCCAACGAGGUUAUCAUGUAAGGGAAAUAUAUGAUGGUUUUGGAUGUGACGGCAUUUUCGUUGUGACCUUCCCUCUAUCUCAGUUGACUGUUCUGGCUACUCGUUAUUGAUUGUCGAAUUGCCAACCUACGUGCUUUAGACCUAGCUUCUAGAACGGGACAUGGAUAUAUGAGUCAUGCGCCCGUGAAAAACAUCAAAUAAUAUGCUAAUAUCUUGCCAAGCUAAUCUUUG